ACGACCGACUCCUCAAAUAACUUAUCUAGUCUCUUGAUUUAUUAUUAUUUUAUGUAUUACGCGAUGUUCUAUCUAAACGUGUAACCUUUAUCGUAUAUGGCAGUAAGUUACCGUGGAUGAUAACCCAAAAAGAUGUGCCGUCCAACCGGUUGGUGCAGUCUCUACGCCCAGUGGCACACUCUCACAUAUCUCCGUCAGUUGGGGCUAUAGGGACCCGUUAGGUUGUCUUGGGUCGGUAGCGUCUUCCUUCGUUUCUUGGAAGGGACGUCAGGGAAGUUCUUAAGCUUGUCAAGAUGUCGCGGACACUUGUGACUGUCUUGGUCGUCCUUUCUCUGUGUUUUCACGGACAUGAAGGCAUAUCUCUGUCGAGGUUCCGCGGCGAAAAUGUGCCAGACGAGGAUGAGCAGAUCAAACGUGAGGAACACGUCAUCAGGACCAUGGACAGCAUCAUCAAGAAGGCUGAAGGCGUCGCGCCUCUCCAGGAGGCCGCCGAGAAAAUGUGGCAGUUUAAGAUGAGAGAAGUCGGCGACCUGGCAGGAAAGUAUUUAGAAGCCAUAAAGCAAGGUCGUGCAGCGGCCCCUGACCUACCAGCUGGGAAUGAAAACUUCCAGAAGUGGGAGAGGAGCAUCCUGGAACUGGACAACAUGAUUCGCAGACUGACGGGUGUGGAGGGUCUGGAAACCGCCAGGGAGAACCUGUACCGUCUGGAGGAAGUGGAACUGGAACCGGCGAUAAAAGCCGAGCAGGCGCUGAGAGAAGGCGAGGAGGCACAAGAGACUGCAGAAGGGGCCGCUGCUGCUGCAGGCGAAGCUGCAGAUGGAGCUACAAACGCUGCAUCUUCUGCAGCAGAAGGAGCAGAUGAAGCUGCCAAGGAAGGCACUGAUUCGGCAAGUGAGGGAGCCGCCGCUGCCGCCGCCGCUGCAGUUGCUGCCGAUGCGGCACAAGAAGCCGCCGCUGAUUCUGCAAGUGAGGCCACGGGAGAAGCCGCUGAGGAAGCCGCCGCCGAUGCUGCCGCUGAAGCUGCAGCCGCCGCCGAAGCGGCACAAGAAACCGCCGCUGUAGUUGCUGCCGAAGCGGCACAAGAAGCUGCCGCUGAUUCUGCAAGUGAGGCCACUGGAGAAGCCGCUGAGGAAGCCGCGCCGCUGCCGAUGCUGCCGCUGCAGCUGAAGCUGCUGCCGAAGCGGCACAAGAAGUCGCUGAUUCUCUGGGUGACGCGACGGGAGAAGCCACUGAGGAAGCCGCCGCCGAUGCUGCCACUGCAGCUGAAGCUGCUGCAGAAGCGGCACAAGAAGCCGCUGAUUCUCUGGGUGACGCCACGGGAGAAGCCGCUGAGGAAGCCGCCGAUGCUGUCGCUGCCGCUGCAGCUGCUGCCGAAGCGGCACAAGAAGCCGCUAAUUCCGCAAGUGAGGCCACGGGAGAAGCCGCUGAGGAAGCCGCCGCCGAUGCUGCCGCUGGAGCUGAAGCCGCUGCCGAAGCGGCACAAGAAGCCGCCGCUGCAGUUGCUGCCGAAGCGGCACAAGAAGCCGCCGCUGAUUCUACAAGUGAGGCCACGGGAGAAGCUGCUGAGGGUGCCACCGACGCUGCCGAAGGCGCCGCGGAGGAAGCUGCAGCUGGCGCCAGCGGAGCCGCAGCUGCAAACGGAGCCGCAGAUUCAGGAAGUGAGGCCACGGGGGGCCACUGGGGGUGACGAUGCAACGGAAGCCGCAGAAACGGCCCAGGCCGCAGAGGAGGCCGCAGCUGGAGCUGGAGUCGCCACCAAUGCAUCAACCCCUAAACCGAAGCCAAAGAAUUGCCCGAAAUUCUGCUGGCAGUGGGGUGAGAAGGUUUGCUGUGAGCCGCAAGCCUGCUCGGACGUCAGGGAAGUUCUUAAGCUUGCCAAGAUGUCGCGGACACUUGUGACUGUCUUGGUCGUCCUUUCUCUGUGUUUUCACGGACAUCAAGGUAUAUCACUGCCGAGUUUCCUCGGUGAAAAUGAGCCAGACGAGGAUGAGCAGAUCAAACGUGAGGAACACAUCAUCAGGACCAUGGACAGCAUCAUCAAGAAGGCUGAAGGCGUCGCGCCUCUCCAGGAGGCCGCCGAGAAAAUGUGGCAGUUUAAGAUGAGAGAAGUCGGCGACCUGGCGGGAAAGUAUCUAGAGGCCAUAAAGCAAGGUCGUGCAGCGGCCCCUGACGUACCAGCGGGAACUGAAAACCUCCAGAAGUGGGAGAGGAGCAUCCUGGAGUUGGACGACAUGAUCCGCAGACUGACUGGAGUUGAGGGUCUGGAAACCGCCAGGGAGAACCUGUACCGUCUGGAGGAAGUGGAACUGGAACCGGCGAUAGAAGCCAAGGUGCGGAGAGAAGGCGAGGAAGCACAGGAGGCUGCAGAAGGGGCCGCUGCUGCUGCAGGCGAAGCUGCGAGUGAAGCCGCCGAUACAGCGAAGGAGGCUGCGGAGGGAGCCGCAGACGCUGCUAAAGACGCCGCAGAAGCUGGAGCAGAAGGAGCAGCUGAUUCUGCAAGUGAGGCCGCGGGCGAAGCUGCUGAGGGGCCGCCGACGCUGGUGCCGCUGCUGCUGCAGCUGCUGGCGAAGCUGCAAAAGAAGCCGCUGAUUCCGCAAGUGAGGCCGCGGGCGAAGCCGCUGAGGGUGCCGCAGACGCUGCCGAGGGCGCCAAGGAGGAAGCUGGCGCCAGUGGAGCCGCAGCAGCCGCAGCCGAAGCCGCGAAGGGAGCCGCCGAUUCAGCGAGUGCAGCCGCGGGAGAAGCCGCCAAGGGAGCAAUCGACGCCGCGGCAAAGGCCGCAGAGGGCACGGCGGUGGGAGAUGCUGCGAAGGGGGCGGCUGACGCCGCGAAGGGAGCUGUUGACAGCGCGAGUGAAGCCGUCGGCGAGGCUGCUAAAGGGGCUGCAGACAAGGUUGCAGCGGCGGUGGGAGGGGCUGCUGCAGGGGCUGCCGCUGCUGCAGGCGCUGCUGCUGCUGCUGAAGGCGGGUCUGGCAAGGGGAAUGCAACGGAAGCCGCAGAAACGGCCCAGGCCGCAGAGGAGGCCGCAGCUGGAGCGGGAGUCGCCACCAAUGGAACAGCAACCCAGAAACCAAAGCCAAAGAAUUGCCCGACAUUCUGCUGGCAGUGGGGUGAGAAGGUUUGCUGUGAGCCGCAAUCCUGCACGUUCUUCUGGUGCGCCUAAGCAACAGGUUGAGAGAAGAUGCGAAGUACCCGUCAUCCUAAGCUUUCUUCAAGACAUCGUUUUGAGUAGAUCUUUGAGUAGAUCUGGAUAUUUAUAAUUUUCCAGCAGAUGCGGGUCCAGCUCAGUGUUUCUCGUGUGUUUUUGAUGCAUAUUAUAUCGAUCCCUUCCUGGGAACGCAAAACGAGGUAUAAAAAAUAGUCUCCACCAGACUCCUUUUGCAAG